AUGGAAUGGUUCGAUGAUACUUCAUCCGACGAGGUAGCACAGACGAUUAUCGAUGAGAUCCAAGAGCAGAAACAAUUGAUUGCUCAAAUGUACUCCCAAUCGGAGAUGGAACGUGUUGUUCAUCACCGACAAUACGUCUACCGUGAUCGUGAGGCUGCCCAUUUACGUCUUAUGCAAGACUACUUCAACGACAAUCCGACGUACGGGCCUAUAUUUUUCCGACGUCGUUUUCGGAUGCAGAAGAAGUUGUUCUUGUGCAUCGUCGAUGUUGUGCAAGGUGAAGAUACUUACUUCCAGAUGAGCCAUGAUGCACAAGCCACCGGUGUCAGUGCGGAUACUUUCGACGAGUAUCUCAAGGUCGUCGACACGACGGGGCAUCUAUGCCUCAAGAGAUUCUGCAAGGCUGUCAUCCGAGCUUACGGAGUCGAGUAUCUUUGA